GUGCAAAAAGAAACGAUGACGCAUACACGGCGGAGGGGAGGGGGCGUCUCCCCCGAACGCGUGGUCGUGCCUCAUUGGACGGACCCGGCAACCAAUGGGAGGCAGCCAUCUGGGACGCCAACGUUCGGGGGCGCUGCCCAAACCGCCGUUCUGCUGUCGGGCCAAUGGCGUUGGCCGUCCGGAUCGGUGAGAGCAAUCGGAGCUCAGCAAGGGCGGGCCGUCGACCGAGCCUGUUAUAAAAGAGUGGCGAACGCGCCUCGCCGGCUGCAGUUGUUCGGUCGUCGCUGUCAAGGUGGGAAGAGAAGGUUGGCUUUCUUAAAGGGCCAGGCGCCUCCGAUCACCCGAAAAAAAAUGGGUCCCUUCUUAGCUUUCUGUUCUUUGCUGGCUCUAGUAUCGGCUGGGCCUACACAAUACUUCAGGGAGGAGUUCGGGAACGGAGAUGCCUGGACAAGUCGUUGGGUAGAGUCGAAGCACAAAUCAGAUUAUGGGAAAUUCAAGCUUUCUGCUGGCAAAUUCUAUGGAGAUGCAGAGAAAGACAAAGGACUUCAGACAAGCCAGGAUGCUCGUUUCUAUGCUAUCUCUGCCAGCUUUGACCCCUUCAGCAACAAAGACAAAACUCUGGUGGUGCAGUUCACAGUGAAACAUGAGCAAAACAUUGACUGUGGAGGUGGUUAUGUGAAGCUUUUCCCUUCUAGUGUGAACCAAGAGGACAUGCAUGGUGAUUCUGAAUAUAACAUCAUGUUUGGUCCUGACAUCUGUGGCCCAGGUACCAAGAAAGUUCAUGUGAUCUUCAACUACAAAGGCAAAAAUGUCUUGAUCAACAAGGACAUUCGUUGUAAAGAUGAUGAGUUCAGUCAUCUCUAUACCCUCAUUGUUCGACCUGACAAUACUUAUGAGGUAAAGAUUGACAACAACAAAGUGGAGUCUGGUAGCUUGGAAGAUGACUGGGACUUCCUGCCCCCCAAGAAAAUUAAGGAUCCAGAUGCAAAGAAACCAGAUGACUGGGAUGAAAGGGCUAAGAUAGAUGAUCCAGAAGACACAAAACCAGAGGACUGGGAUAAACCAGAGCAUAUUCCUGAUCCUGAUGCCAAGAAGCCCGAGGACUGGGAUGAAGAAAUGGAUGGAGAGUGGGAACCACCAGUAAUCCAGAAUCCAGAGUACAAGGGAGAAUGGAAACCUCGUCAGAUUGACAACCCCAACUACAAAGGAAAAUGGAUUCAUCCUGAGAUAGAUAAUCCUGAGUACACCCCUGAACCCAGCUUGUAUGCUUACGAUGACUUUGGUGUCAUUGGCUUGGACUUGUGGCAGGUCAAGUCUGGCACAAUUUUUGACAACUUCCUGAUCACUGACGACGAGAAACUUGCUGAAGAAAUUGGCAAUGAAACCUGGGGGGCCACUAAGGAUGCAGAAAAGAAAAUGAAGGAGCAGCAGGAUGAGGAACUGCGAAAGAAGCAGGAAGAGGAAGACAAGAAGAAGAAAGAAGAGGAAGGAGAAGAUGAACCUGAGGGUGAAGAUAAUGAGGAGGAUGAAGAAGAGGAGGAUGAGGAGGAAGAAAAGGAUGAGGAUGAGGAAACAGAGGGCCCACUGAAGGAUGAGCUGUGAUUAGGAGGGUUGUUGGGUAUGCUUGUUGGCUGAGCCUCACCCUGGGCCUGUACCAUGCAGUUGCUUGGUUGAACUCAACUAAGGAGAGGGGAUAACAGUAAUGUCUCUAUGAGACACAAGAACUUUCUUUUUUAUUGGUGUGUGUGUGUUUGUCUUAAACCCCUUCCCAAAUACCAUCAACUAUUCAUGUGUGUAGAAGGAAACUAGAACCUGCAUCUUAGGACGGCUGUAACUGUAAGAAUACAACUCUCUUUGAAAUGGGGAUUAUACCAUUUGACCCUGCAUUUUAAAUCUGGCUAUUACUUCACUGAAAGUUACUGCCUCCAGAAGUGGAUGCCUAAAAAGCAGAAAUCCUCUGUCCUCCCUGAGCUUGCUCCAUCCCUUUCUGCUCAUCCUUUUUAAGGUGCAGGGAGCUUUAAAUGGGAGGGAGGGAAGAGACAGAUACUCCAUGCCUCAGAGAAAUGAAUCAGAACAGUAUUGUACCAUGUGUAGGCCAAUGAUGUGGAGAUCUUCUCCUGAAUACAGGCAGUAGCAACAGUCCUUCUUGCUGCUGUGCCCAUAGACAAAUCAGUGUGCUGUUUUUAAGCACCAAGUGUAAUGAGCAAGCAAACUUAAAAAAAAAAAAAACCCUGCUCUCAUAGCAGCCUGAGAUAGGGGAAGGAGGAUAGAUGGAUGGGUGUCACUCAGAGCUACAGCUAGAGGAUUGGUGUACUAGAUAAGAUACAUUUCUGCUUUGGGUGUUUAAAAGAUCCCUCUCGAGCCAAGGAGCUAGAAAUGGAAGGACUUCUGGAGGUAGCUUAACACCGGAGGGUUGGGGGGGGGGGUGUCAUCUCACUUGCUCACACUUGAAUGUAUGGAAGACCGAAGAAAAUUUCUAUUAAAUUAAACUUCAUGUCUGGCCCACA